AUGGCUCUCCACCACUUCGACAACUCAAAUCGCGACGACAAGGCAUAUGAAGCGUGUGGGGUCUUGGCAUCUAAGCACGCGCUAUGUUUCGAUCGCAAAUGCUCACAAGGCUUCCACGAAGUCCGCGUAGACGUUCCGCAUGGCACACUGCGAUAUGACUCUUGUACAAAUACAAGCCAUUCCUUCACAGUCUCGGGUCGGGCAUUCUGGUCCUUUACGAUGUUCGCAGUACUCGCACUUGGUUCGCUCGCUCUUACAUCACUUACUUUGGGUGCCGUCGUCCCGGCUGGAAUUCGGCCUAUUAACCCAGAUGCGCGCCUGAUCAAGGCAAAAUGGGUCUCCCAAGGCGCUCUUACUCUUUUGCGUGAAGGACAUGUAGACCUGACCAAGGGCACAGACGCUUUGCGUGCUGCUCACCCCGAGCUCGUUGGUUUGUCGGAUGCUGUUAUCAACCGACUUGGAAAUCACACUCACCGCGGCGCGGGUUUCAUCGACAUUACUGGCAUGGAGUAUGUUCGACAUGAUGAAUCUGGCCUCCAGGCCCGUGCUACCUAUCCCACUCCGACGCCGUCCAAGUACCCGUCUUUGACGACCAUGUUCAACUCCAUUAGCGCCUCAGGACUCAGGAGCACUGUUUCGACUUUGUCUAGUUAUACCACUCGUUACUACAGGAGUAGCAACGCGGCUGCUGCUUCGACUUGGAUCCAGACCCAGUUUACCAGUGCUGCUGGGUCUGCCAACGUCAAAACGAUUGCCAAUUCGUUCAGUCAACCAAAUGUUGUCGCGACCAUCCCUCGCAAGUCGGGAUCUACCGCAAACGACAUCAUCAUUCUCGGUGCUCAUCUUGACUCGACGGUUGGAUCGAGCACUACUGCCCGUGCUCCAGGCGCAGAUGAUGAUGCUUCUGGAAUUUCGAUUAUUCUUCAGGCUCUUCAAAUCCUCAAGGCCAACGGCUGGUCGGGUUCCCGCGCUGUCGAGUUCCACGCCUAUGGUGGCGAAGAAGGUGGUCUACUCGGUAGCUCUACUGUCGCCAAGCAGUACAAGUCUGCGGGAAAAUCGGUUUAUGCGAUGUUGAACUUUGAUAUGGUUGCCUACCAGCCAACCUCAAAGCCUGUGCUCACAGUUCUCACUGAUACGGACUCGAGUUUGCAGUCGUUUAGCCAAAAACUGAUUUCCUCUUAUGUUCCUGAAGCGACCUUGUACACAAACAAGUGUGGGUAUGCUUGCUCAGAUCACUUUUCAUGGUACAACCAGGGCUACCCUUCGGUGUCGAUUGAUGAGUCGGGUCCUUCCGACACCUAUCUUAACCCCUACUAUCAUACCGCGUCCGACACGAUCGACAGGCUUGAUUUUGACAAGGCCAGCAAAUUUGUCAAGUUGGCUCUCGCCUGGAUUGUUGAACUUGCAGAGUAG